AUGGCUGCCCUGAGCCCCGAGCGGGCCGUGCUGGAGGACGCGGUGGCGGACCUCGUGGUGGCGGCCAGCCGAGGAACGCUCAGGGCCUCGCCGCCUCCGUGGGCCCAUGCGAUGGCGGGGACCCGCUUCGCGCGGAGAUGCCGCGCGGCAGCAGAGGAGAGCCGUCGCGGGCUGCAGGCGCAGGAGUGGGCUCGAGGAGAUGGGAGCGCCCUCGCUGAAGAUGGCACGGCCCGGCAUGGAUUCGGAGCGGGAAGGGGCGGCGUCACGGGUCGCGCGCACAUCGACACAGUUGCGUCGCACGUGCGGGCCACGGAGACGAUGCGGAAGUGGUUGGUGCGCGCACGGUGCCCCGUGGCCCGUGACGAUCGUGCCUACAUCAACUACGUGCGCGCCAGGGACGGCGAACCGUGCGGGCAGACGGUGCCCAACCAGCCUCUGCGCGCCAUGGUGUGGACGGAGCGCGUGGCGGGCGCGGUCGUCGCGAACGCGGAGAUGCCCCUCCGCGUUGGCAGCGCGUUCGCUGGGGUUUUGGAGCAGCUUCUCAUCGACGAAGACCUCGCGAGGUACAUGCGCGGGCUGGCGUGGCCCCGCCUCGUCAAAAUGUUGGCGGUGCUGCGCUACGACGACCACAGCAUGCUUCCGCCACGGCGCCUCGCCAUCGUGGACGGGAAGCUGAUUGCCACGCUGAGGCGCACGAGGACUAGCAGAGCUGGGCGCACGAUGCCAGAAUUGCCGCUCGUGGUAUCCCGCGCAUGCUACGUGCUGGCCCAGCGUGGGCACAGACCGGCAAUGCAGGACGUGGUUCGCAAGCCCGCCGGGUACGCAGAGGCGGCGGCAGCCUGCCAGGAGGUGCUCCAGAGGAUGCUGAAACCAGCGGCCUAUACGGGCGUUCGUAUCCGAUAA